AUGCCGCCAAGGAAAAGACCCAGACCUUCGGGCAGCACAGCGCCACCACCUCCGACACCACCUCCCCAGUUUGACCCUGAAAUGUUCCAAGCUGCAGUGAUAGCAGCCGUGGUAGCUGCAAUGUCACAAAUUGGCACAAAUAGCAAUGGUGGUGCUGGAUCUGGAGCCACAAACCCUAACCACGGGGAUAGUGCAGGACGCACAAGGGAAUGCACUUACAAGGACUUCAUAAAUGGCAAACCCGAUUCCUUUGAUGGAAGUGGGGGUGUCAUUGCACUAAUUCAAUGGUUCGAGAGGACCGAAGCGAUCUUUGAGAUUUGCGCUUGCCCCGAAGCGAGCAAAGUCAAGUACGCGACAUCCACCUUCACCGGAAGAGCUCUCACUUGGUGGAACGGCAAAGUUAAGUCGCUUACGCUUGCAGUGGCUAACUCGUUAAGUUGGGAGGACUUAAAGAAGAUGAUGUUGAAGGAAUAUUGCCCAAGAGGUGAAGUGCAAAAGCUGGAGCAAGAACUAUGGAAUCUCAGAAUGGCAGGCUCCGACCUUACAACUUACACCAACCGAUUUUGUGAUCUAGCACUCCUUUGUCCCGCUAUGGUCACCCCGGAAGACAAAAAGUUGGAGCGUUACCUCUGGGGAUUGUCCCCCGAAAUUCAAGAUAGCGUGCUCGCCUCAAGACCAACUACCUUCGACAGCGCCAAGGAGUUAGCACAACAACUCAUUGACCACCAUGCCCGCCAUGACACUAUGGCAACCACCCAUACCCAAGCAAGAGGAGGGAACAACGAAAGAAAGUUUUGGGACAACAAGAAAGACCAAUCAACCCAAGGCCUUGCUAAGAAGCAACAGAUCCUUGCUGUUCAUGCUGCCACAACCCUCACCACACCAACUCCCAUGAAACCAUACGCAGGAACACUUCCAAAAUGCAACAAGUGUAACUUCCAUCACACUGGGGCUUGCCGAAAGAUGCAUUGCAAAAACUGCGACAGAGAGGGGCACACUGCUCGUUUCUGUAAGGCACCAGCACGACCCAUCAACCAGGUACCCGGCUCUGGAGCAAGCCCAACCUGUUACGAGUGUGGAGAAACGGGACACUUUAAAAGGGAGUGCCCAAGGACAAGAGAUGCUGGUGGUGGCGGGAGGGUGCUUGCAAUCACCGAGGGAGAAACCACUCCGGAACUGCCCGCAAAUAUCAGUACGUGUUUCUAA